GCUUCAGAGACGUGCUCCGCUGAGGACACGCGCCGAUUGACGUCCUUGCGCCUGCGUGCUGGGUGUCCCGGACGACCACUCUUCCCAUAAAGGCGGCCUUAACCAGUAAAGGCGUCCGGGCUGGUGUAUCAGCCCAGGAACUCCGAGUCUUGCACCCGUUCCUUGCUGCCAGAACUCCGCGGGGUCUUACCCUCUGGGACGACGGCCAUCGCUCGGGACCCGGCAAACUGAGGCUCAUCUCCCAUGGCACAGGAAUUAGUAACAUUCCACGAUGUGGCCAUUGACUUCUCCAAAGAAGAGUGGGGAUUCCUGAGCCCUACUCAGAGAGAUUUGUACAAGACUGUGAUGUUAGAGAAUUAUCAGAACCUAGUCUGCCUGGGACUUUGCAUUUCUGAGUCAGAUGUGAUUUCCCUGUUGGAGCAUGGGAAACUGCCCUUGGUGACAGAGAAAGAGGAGGUAAAAUGUUCAUGGCCAGAUAAAUCAGGUGUGGAAAUUAAGGAGUUAUCUGCAAAGCAUAUUAAUGAAAUAUCCCAGUGUGAUAUGGUGAUAAAACAUACAGGAAACAUAUGUAAGGAAUGUGAAAAUUUUCACUGCCACCAUACCCAUCUUGCUUUCCAUCAGAGAAAUCAUAUACAAAAAAAAUUCAAUCAGUGUUCAGAUUGUGGUAAGUACUUUGGUCGUCGCUCAGCUCUAAUUCAACAUCAAAGAAUUCACACUGGAGAGAGACCCUAUAAAUGUAAUGAAUGUAGUAAGUCCUUCAAUCAAAGAGCACACCUUACUCAGCAUGAGAGAAUUCACACAGGUGAGAAACCUUAUGAAUGUAAAGAAUGUAGGAAAACCUUCAGCCAAAUGACUCAUCUCACUCAGCAUCAGAGUACUCAUACCAGAGAAAAGUUCCAUGAAUGCAAUCAAUGUGGGAAAUCCUUCAGCCGUUCCUCAUCCCUUAUUGAUCACCAGAGAAUUCAUACUGGAGAAAAACCCUAUGAAUGUAGAGAGUGUGGCAGAGCCUUCACUCAAAAUGCACCACUCAUUAGACAUCAGAAAAUUCAUUCUGGAGAAAAACCCUAUGAAUGUAGUAAGUGUAAGAAGUCCUUUGUACGCCUCUCUUCUCUGACUGAACAUCAGAGAAUUCACUCUGGAGAAAAACCGUAUCAGUGUAAGGAUUGUGGGAAGAUCUUCACCCAGGGCAUGCAUCUUAACCUACACAGGAGAGUUCAUACUGGUGAGAAGCCCUAUGAAUGUAAGGAAUGUGGAAAAUCCUUUACCUGUAGUUCCAAUUUUGUUGUUCAUAGGAGGAGUCAUACAGGAGAAAGACCCUAUGAAUGCCAUGCAUGUGGAAAGGCCUUUAACACUUCCUCAUCACUUUGUCAACAUAAGAGAAUUCAUACUGGUGAAAAACCUUUUGGUUGCAAAGAAUGUGGUAAAUUCUUUAGAUGCAUCUCUCACCUUACUCGACAUAAUAGGCUGUAUAAUGGAAAAUGCUAAAAAAUAAUAAAAGUAAAAUUGUGAAUUCUACUUGUUCCUUAUCCUUGCCAAUACUUUGGAAUGUCAGUGUUCCGCUUUGCUAAUGCUGUCAUUAUUCAAAAUACCAGAAAUGGAUUGGGUUUUAUAAAGGGGGUUUAUAUGUUUGCAAAGUUACACUCCUAAGGCCAUAAGAGUGUCCAAACUAAGGCAUCAACAAUAG